ACCUAAAAACUUUGUGCUCUACCCACUCUGCUACUCAUUUGAGCUUCCUCUGCAAAAUUUUCACUUUUCGUUCUUCUCUAAUAUUUGAUAAGCAUGGCAGUAUCAAACCCAGAAGAAGAAGAGAUCGAGUUCAAGUGGGGCAAGAAAAGAGGAAUCGGUGGUAAAAAGAAGGACGUGCAGUUCUACGAGUCGUUCACCUACGACGGGGACGAUUACACACUAUACGACGUCGUUUAUCUUCACGCUGAAGGCGUGGCUGAGCCUUACAUUGGAAAACUGAUAAAGAUUUGGGAGAAUCGUGAUAAGUCGAAGAAAGUGAAGGUUCACUGGUUUUUUCGUCCCAGCGAUAUUCGACCCUUCGUGGAAGGUAUCGAAAUGAUGGAGAACGAGUUGUUCUUGGCGUGCGGUGAAGGCACGGGCCUCGCCAAUGUUAAUCCUUUGGAAGCUGUUGCUGGAAAAUGCAAUGUUGUUUGCAUUUCUAAGGACAGCAGGAAUCCACAACCAUCAGAUGAAGCACUUCAAAUGGCUGAUUAUGUAUUCUAUCGUUUCUUUGAUGUUGGGAAUCGUAAAAUUUUGGGUGAAAUAGAUGACAUGAUUGCUGGAAUCCCAGUUAAAAAUAUAUUUAACAAGUGAAAUAGUUGAAAGCAUGUUGGUGCCGUGAAACUUGGUUUUGAGAAUAUUGAAGUUUAUGGGAAUACAAAAGCAAGCAUUGAAGUAGCUUUUUUAAUAAAGAAAAUAGUCAGCCUGUAGUUGAAAUAUUAGCUGGCAUGUAUGUUGAUACAUUGGUUACUGAAAAUGCUUCCAAGGUGGGGUAAUUGCUAAAAUGGAUCAUAGAUGAGGAACCAUCAAUGCUGAGAAGAUCACGUUCAAGUGUGAUGCAGAUUCCAUGUAAAUUGGAGCUUGACAAGAAGCUAAGAACUUCACAAUGACAAGUUGCGUAUGUGGAAUCCUUUACGUAAUAACAAAAUAUAGAACACAAAUAAGUUGGCUGUGAUCUGAUGCUCUGCUCGUAAUUCUUGCUGGAUUAUAUUCCCCCGAGGAACACAGAUGAUUCAUUUGCAUUUAUGAUAUUUAAUUAUGAAAUUUGGUACCCUUGAUUUAUGUAGUUUCAUGGCCUUGUGUGCUUUUCUUUGUUCAAGCACUUUCCUUCUUUGUGUAUAGUUUACUAUUGUAAUUCACAUAUUAUAUAGAUUUAGGAGUUCUGUAACUAACUUGUAACUUUCUUCUUUUUUUUUUAGAUUUUUUAAUUAAUAAGGAAUGUUUAUCUUUAUAAUUGUGUUAAGUAAUUGAAUAUUUUGUAAUUAUUAUUAUUAUUAUUAUUAUAUGCUCGGCCGGGUAGAUGUAAUAUAUGGAUUUAUUCGCACGUUCUCCUUAAUCCGUAUAUUUACUGAAAAUUGGUUUCAUCUCUGAUUUAUAAUCUUUUACUUUAACAAAUUCGCUUAAGUAUAAGCUUAAGAAAAAAUGUGUGGAGAUUAAAUCCCACCUCUCUGUAUGUUAUCUGAGAAGAGAAGAUAUUCAUCCAUUCGUAUCGCUUCGUUCUCCAAAACCUUCCAAUCACUGCUAACCAAUUCUUCUUAUCUUCUCAGCUUCUCCCUCAAAUUUCUGACGUUAGAGUCUCCUCCUUUUCUUAUUCUAUUUGAUUAUUUAAUUGCUUGUACGCUGUAAGGGGAGUUCACAACAAAUUAAACAAAAUGGGUGGACAUUGUAAUCCGUUAGAUUUUCUAUUCCUCUACCUUGUUAGUGUAAUUUCGUGUAAGGAACUGAAGAAUGAAAGACUGAUAAUUUGGAUUCUAUUUAAAAGAACGUUGAAUUUAAACUUGUCAAAAAUUACGAUAAACUACUUGGUAAAUGUUGAAAUUUUUUGAAAGUUACAAUGUCUACCCACAUUUUGUUUAAUUUGUUUCAAACUGUACCUACGAGUUAUAAGUGAUAGUCGAUUUGUUAUAUACUGUCACCAUGGUUAAUAGUCGAUUUGUUAUAUACCAUGUCACCGUGGUAAUAAGCAAUAAUCGAUCUGUUAUAUACUAUUUCACCUAUUUCAAAAGGGUAUUGGUCUGUACUUUGGUUCUUGAUUCUCCUUUUCUUUGUUAUGAUUUGAUAUUCAAUAAUAAAAGCACUGCCAUG